AGCACUGACAAUGUAACACCUGCGGAAGUAGUCGAGCUGAUGGCUGCUUAAUGGGUUUCUGUAGCAAAUAAAGUUAAAUGGAGCUCCAGGAAAAAUUACAUGUACCGGCAUUCACAGGUGUGGACAGAGACGUGUUUCUGCGUGACAUUUAUCCACAGCGCAGACCAGCCGUGCUAAGAGGUGUGUGUCUGGGCUCCUGCCUGGACAGAUGGACAGUUGAAUACCUUGGCCAAAAAGGAGGAGACAGAGAGGUGAAGAUUCAUGUAUCGACAGUGCCACAGAUGGAUUUUCUUCACAAAAACUUUGUCUACAAGACGCUGCCCUUUAAUGAAUUUGUGAGAAGAGCAUCUGAGACAAAGCACUCAGACUUCUUUCUGUGUGAGGAUGAGAGCUACUAUCUCCGAUCACUGGGAGAGGACGUCCGAAAGGAACCUGCUGAUCUGAACAAACAGUUCCCAGACUUGGCGGAGGAUUUUCAAGUCCCGAACUUCUUUAACCCUGAUCAGUUCUUCUCCAGUGUCUUCCGCAUCAGCUCCUGUGGUCUGCAGCUGUGGACACACUAUGAUGUGAUGGAUAACCUGCUGGCUCAGGUGACUGGGAUGAAGAGAGUGGUUCUCUACAGCCCCCAGGAUGCAUUGCACCUCUACUUAUCAGGUGAUAAGUCUGAGGUCCUGGACAUUGAUGCUCCAGAUCUGAAACAGUUUCCUGACUUUGUGAAGGCAAAGAGAUACGAGUGUGUGCUGGAGCCUGGAGAUCUGCUUUUUAUCCCUGCUCUGUGGUUCCACAACACCCUUGCUCUGCAGUUUGGAGUGGGUGUUAAUGUGUUCUGGCGACACCUACCCACAGACAGCUAUGACAAAAAGGACCCGUACGGUAACAAAGACCCGGUGGCUGCAACUCGAGCUCUUCAGGCUCUGGAGAGGGCACUGCACACUCUCGAUGAACUUCCAGCAGAUUACCGGGACUUCUACGGCCGCCGUAUGAUUCAGCGCAUCCAAAAGAGGACGUACUGUGACGGACUGUCGAGAACACAUACACAGGAUUGUAACACCACAUUACCCAGCAGUCCCUCCACCAAACCUGGAUGAGUCUGCAGAGAAAUGUGAAGUAAACAGAACUUUUAUUUUGUCACUCGUUCUGUCUGGACAAUAGAUCUGAGAAAUAAAGUACUUAUUAUUUUGGCUUAUAGGUUGCAUGAAGAUUAAAAUCACAAAACAUUUUUCUGUGGAAAAAUCAUAAACACCAGUGUGUUUCAAUACAGGUCAUAGUCCUUUCCAGUACAAUAUAAUUCAUCCUCCAAAAGUGAUUUUGGUAGGAGAGACUCAUAAAACAAUCACAAUUUAUGCUGCAGUUGGUAUUCAAUUCAACUGUGACAUUCUACAUAUAAAAGAAGAUUAUGGCUAUAAACACAUUAGUGCUAGCGUUCUAAAUGACUUUGCUCAAAUCAAUGUGGUUCAUUUAAACACUGGAAUGGAUUAGCAGCUUUAGACAGUAUUUUUUACUGCACAAUAAAUUCUAUAUCCUUCAAGCUGAACUGCUGCACAGGUUGAACUACUUUAUAUCCAGAUUCAUAUACAGAAACAGCAGAUACAUCUGAAGGCUCCAACAUGAUUUUAGACCUUUUCUCUAAUAUGUUAUUUUAAGAUAUUGUAUAAUUUGACCAUUUAUUUAAGUGAGAAAUUUAUAGGUAAAAAUGACUAUUUGGUGGAGCUGUUAAUUACUGACGUUUGAAAUGUGGUUUUUGGAAGAAGCCAAAGCAGUCUGAAACCUCUGGUUUAAGCUUAGCAAUGUGUUUUAUAUUAAAAGCUUGUCGUAUUGUUGUAUAUCAAAUGACUAAAGCUGUCAGAUGAUUGCCGGCGAAUAUAAAGUACAAUAUUUCUCUGGAAUGUAGUGGAACGGAAGCAUAAACUAGCAUAAAAGGGAAAUACUCAGAAGUAAAUGUAUCUUAGAACUGCACUUGAGUACAGUACAUAAGUACAUGUACUUUCUACUGAAUUGCGAUUUCUUUUUGUACAAUAAGACUUCUCUUCAAUCAUGAUUUGACAUCUUUCUGACCCACCCUAUAGUUUUGCCACAUUUGGAUGGAGUACCUCGUUUGGAUAGAGUAGUUGUUACUCUGCCAUUCCUACUGGUUCCUAAAGAUUCAGUGACCCUAUCAACAGUAGUUCCACUGAUUCAACAUGUGCAGAAGUCUAACCAGCCUGGGUAUGUGAAAUGUGGAUCUACAGAACCUUUAACUUCCCUCUCCAGUGGUUGAUCUACUCACUAAAAAUAAAGAGUGUAUCAAAAUUA